AUGCAUCGAUGCACUGAUGUGGUCGACCUGCUAACAUCGAUCGACCAGGAAUACAUGUUGAAAUAUGACUCUCAACACGGCCAAUUCAAGGAUGAAAUCUCGCACGAUGAGAGUGGCCUCGUCGUUGGCGGCAAGCACAUCAAGUUCUACGCUGAGCGUGACCCAGCCAACAUCAAGUGGUCCGAGACUGGAGCCGAUUACAUCGUCGAGUCCACCGGUGUCUUCACCACCACCGAGAAGGCCAGCGCUCACUUGAAGGGAGGUGCCAAGAAGGUCAUCAUCUCUGCUCCCUCUGCUGAUGCCCCCAUGUUCGUCAUGGGUGUCAACGAGGAGAAGUACACUGCCGAUAUCCAGGUCCUCUCCAACGCUUCCUGCACCACCAACUGCCUUGCUCCCCUCGCCAAGGUCGUCCACCAGAACUGGGGUCUCAAGGAGGGUUUGAUGACCACCGUCCACUCCUACACUGCUACCCAGAAGACCGUCGACGGUCCCUCCGGCAAGGACUGGCGUGGUGGCCGUACCGCUGCUCAGAACAUCAUCCCCAGCAGCACCGGUGCCGCCAAGGCCGUCGGAAAGGUCAUUCCAGAGCUCAACGGAAAGCUCACUGGUAUGUCUAUGCGUGUGCCCACAUCCAACGUCUCCGUUGUCGACUUGACCUGCCGCACCGAGAAGCCAGUCACCUACGACGAGAUCAAGAAGGUCAUGAAGGCCGCUUCCGAGGGCGAGCUCAAGGGUAUUCUCGGAUACACCGAGGACGCCGUUGUCUCCACUGAUAUGAACGGCAACACCAACUCCUCCAUCUUCGAUGCCGGUGCCGGUAUCGCCCUCAACGAGAACUUCAUCAAGCUCGUCUCCUGGUACGACAACGAAUGGGGCUACUCUCGCCGUGUCGUUGACCUCAUCUGUGAGCUUCUCCUCUUCGUUGUUUUGUCUGCUUCGAAUUCAGGGCAUAAACUAACACGCAUCUUCCACAGCCUACAUCGCCAAGGUCGACUCCGGCUGCAAAUAGCAACUAACGGGAAGUGCGGAACAACGGAGCAUGCUCUAGUUAGGUCCACCACCAGUUUCCCAUUUCUAUCUCUUCCUCCCUAUAUCCCACUAUCAAUAUAA